AUGGAGGAGUCGAUGCUCAACAGAGCCAAUGGCAUUUUGGCAAAUGGAGCCGCAACAACACCCACCUCGUCGGUAGUGACACCACAGACAAUCAUCAAAUACCUUACGAGGGUACUCGAGGUCACGCUUGGGGCGGAUCAGGAGGAGCUGGCUGCGCAAGGAAGCUUGUUGCAUGAGGAGCGAUUGCAGGAAACCAUCUCGAGAUGUCAGCGAUUUGCAUCUGAGGCACAGACUGCCUUGUAUGUGCUACAAGAAUCACCUCUGACCCUGCAAAACGGCCAUGUCAAUGGUGAUGGUGGGCUUGAUCGCGAUAUAUAUAGCCUCAGCGCUGAGGUGCUGUACAGCACGAGAACGACAGGCUGUGUUGCAUUUCUGAAACGACCAUAUCCGAUAGCAUCCGAUGUACCGAUCAGCAGACAGGUCUCCGUGGUCAACUUGCCCCUGCCCAGUACGACACUCGUCUCGGAGACUGGCUCUGUAGCGUCGCCGUACGAAAGCCUGCAUGGUCUGGUGAGAGGUGCACUUACACCACUCUUCGAAGCUGCUGCUCGGAAUGCGGAGCCCACGAAAGAGAAGAUCAGGACGGACGGUGAUGCACGAACAGGUGUCUCAGGGGCAAGGAGGAGGCUUGCAGAUCUGGAAAAUCUACAGCAGAACAUCGAAGUGGAGGCUCCGCGACUGCAGAUACACGAAGCUGUGCAGGCGCAGCUGAAUGAUGUGAAUGGCAACUGGCAAGCUGCGGCGAUGAACAUACCAGAGGCUGCCAUAUCUGACAGCAUGCUGCUCAAUAAGCUCCAGAACAUGGCCAACGACUGGAUCAAGCAGAUAAGAGACUUCACACGCAUUGCAGACGAGCGGCCGGUCGGCACAACAACACAAGAGAAGAAUUUCUGGCUGGCGAUGGAGAAUGCGAUCGAUGGCAUUGAAGCGCAAUUGUCAAGCGGCGGUGUUCAGCUGACGAUGAAGGUUCUGGAGAAGGCCAAGCGGCAUGGUAUAACGGCCAGCUUCUCGUCCGACACAAAGCUCAAGGAGACCAAGGAGAGGGUGCAGAAGUACAAUACGCUCUUCCAUGGAUUUCCGAUAGAGGAGAUGUUGUCCGCUACGACUGUCGAGAAGCUGCGAGAUGCGCUUGAUGAUGUGUUUUCGCAUCUCAACAAGAAGUUGCGCGUCUGCCCAUACCCUGUCCGUCGAGCGCUGCCGCUUGUAGAGGCCAUCUCAGCAGAUCUCGAUAAUCGACUACAUGACCUCUUACACGGGCGCACACUCAUGCACCUUGCGAUCGACGACUUUCACAAGAUUGUCCUUCAAGUUGAGUCAGUCUGGUCGUUCUGGGACGAUGAUGUCAAGGAGUUCACAAACGUCGCGCGUGAAGUCACGCGAAGAAGGAACGACAAGUUCAUCCCCAUCAAGAUUACAAAGCGCCACGACAAGACCCAGGAUCGUCUGAGCUACAUUGCGACGUUCCGCGAUAAUCAUGAUCAGCUGCAGAAGACCAUUGUCAAUGUUCUUGGCCCCGAGGAAGAGGCGAUCGAUGCGCCGGAUGCUGCUGCGGCGCCUGUCGUUGUGGAGGAGAUGGGCGACAUGGAUGCUGUAGAGGAGAUCGCGCAAGCCUACGUUGCUGUCAAGGAUGUAGACGUACUCGACAUCACACCGGAAGGCGAACGUCUGUGGACACAAGCAGAGGCAGCAUACAACGAGCGAACAGCGAGGGUUGAGAACUCUAUCAUCGCUCGGCUUCGAGAUCGACUUGCCGUGGCCAAGACUGCCAACGAAAUGUUCCGCGUCUUCUCCAAGUUCAAUGCAUUAUUUGUCCGGCCUAAGAUCCGUGGCGCGAUAGCAGAAUAUCAAGCGCAGCUCAUUAGCAACGUGCGAGACGACAUCGAUGCCCUGCAGAAUCGCUUCACACAUCAGUAUGGUCAGUCGGAAGCCCACGCCAUGGCACAACUACACGAUCUACCGCCAAUCUCUGGAGCAAUCAUACGUGCUAGGCAGAUCGAGCGUCAGCUGAACAACUACAUGAGCAAGGUCGGCGACAUCCUUGGACCCAAGUGGGACCAACACACAGAUGGUCAGAAGCUGCAUACUUUCGGCGAGAGCUUUCGAAGACGCCUCGAUACUAAGCCGAUCUUUGACGACUGGUUGCGCGAUAUCAGCAGACGACAUCUAUCUAUCUCCGGACGACUAUUUGCAAUCAGCCAAAACCGAGCUCGUGGCAAUGUGCUUGACAUACAUGUGAAUUUCGACUCACAAGUCAUCACACUGUUCAAAGAAGUCCGCAAUCUGCUGUGGCUGAAUUUCCCGGUACCACAUGCCAUCAGCAACGUGUCGAAGGAAGCACGACGAGUGUAUCCUUUCGCCGUCAGUCUCAUGGAGAACCUCAAUACGCUCGCCCAGACGAACAUCAGCAUUGAUAGCAUGUCAGAGGUCACCAUGCUGCUCUGUGGCUUCCGCAACGACGUGCAGGCUUUCAUCGCCAAGGGCACCUCUGUCAAGUGGGAGACAUUCGUACUCGCCUACGACGUUCAUGUCCGACAUGCUGGCGAGGAAGUGUCAGGACGAGUGACUGGGGACGACAAGCUGCACGUGCAGUUUGUACGCAAUCUGGGCAACUCAAUCACCACAUUGCAGACGAAGGUCACGACUCUAUCUACAAUACAAGUCUCCGUGGAGGCAUCAUUACGAGAAUUGCAGAGUUGUGCGUUCACGCUCGAGGCUUUCCGCCUUAACCUCGAGGCUUUGCAGAGAUCUAUCGACCAGCUCAACCUUGAGACAUACUCAAACAUCCCGCACUGGGUAGCGAAGACCGACGAGAGAGUCAUUGAGACCCUUCGCUUGCGCCUCCAACAGGCAUUGAAAGACUGGAGCGACGAGUUCGAGCAUGGUGACGAGACGGCGGAUCGCGAGGCUGGCUCGCCAAAUGUGGACACAUACGCCCAUGAUAUUGUCAUGCAGAGCCAGCUCAUUCAGCUGGAGCCGCCGCUCGAAGAUGCAAAGGCCGGGUGGCUGGAGAAUUUGCACGCUUGGCUAGAUAUAGUGUGCAAUCUGCCAAGGAUACAGGCGUCACGAUUCGACAACGCUUUGACGAUUGGGGCCGCGGGUCAGACGCUGACAUACUCGCAAUUGCCUCUGAUGUGUAUGGACGUCCUUGCGGGCCUCUACGAGCGCAUCGACGCCAAAGUGAGCUUGGCUCAGGCAUAUAUCGACGAGUGGCUGCAAUUCCAAUCGCUCUGGGACCUGCAAAUAGGUCAAAUUCAAGAUGAUCUUGGGCAUGAACUUGACCUUUGGCUGCAAUUGAUCCUCGAGAUACGGCAGAAGCGUGAUACUUUCGACACAUCUAGCAACAAGAGAUCCUUCGGCCAUCUGGUCGUCAACUACGAGCAAGUACAGUCUAAGGUCAACGCCAAGUACGAUCAAUGGCAACAUGAACUCCUCGCGCACUUCUCUGGUCUCUUCGCCAUCCGCAUGGUUGAUGUCUACGCCGAGUUUCAGCGCGCUCGGAAAGAUCUGGAAGGAUCUUCGAUGCAAACUUCAUCUACUGCGCAAGCUGUCUCUUUUAUAACAGUAGUACAGACAUGCAAGCGACAGAUCAAAGUGUGGGAGCCUGAGAUGGACACGUUCCGACAGGGCCAGCAGACCUUGUCGAGAUUACGCUUUCAGUACCCCAAAGACUGGCUCUACGUUGAACAGGUUGACCAUGAGUGGACAGCACUGGUCGAGGUCCUUGAGCGGAAGAGCAAGCUCAUUGCUGAUCAGACCGACGCUCUACGUGCAAAGAUCGUGGCUGAAGACGGUGUGGUGUCAAGACGCAUCGGCGAGGCAACAGAGCGAUGGAAUGAUCAACGGCCUGUCUCUGGAUCGAUACCGCCCACCGAAGCAGUAGCAACACUCGAUGGCUUCGGCACGGAAUUGACGCAGCUACGUGAGCAGUCAGACAUGGUUAGCAAAGCGAAGGAGGCCUUGGAGCUGCCUGCUGGACCCGACAAUAUGCUCAUCACUCUGCUGGAGGAGGUGCAGGAUUUCAAAUCUGUCUGGGGUCAUCUCACCAUCGUCUGGGAUCAGCUCAAUGAUCUACGCGACCAGCCAUGGAACAGCAUACAGCCCCGUAAGCUGCGACAGUCACUUGACAACUUGAUCAAGACAACCAAGGAAAUGCCAAGUCGAAUGCGGCAAUAUGCUGCUUUUGAGCAUGUCCAGUCAGUGCUACGACAACUGCUCAAGGUCAAUGUUCUGCUGACAGAGAUGCGCUCGGAUGCCGUACGUGAGAGGCACUGGGUCAAAAUCUUCAAGAGCCUGCAGCCCAACAAGCGAUACUCUGCCAUCUCUAUGACUCUGGGCGAUGUGUGGGACUUGCAACUUGGCCCGAGUGAGUCUGUGAUUCGUGAUGUGAUCACGCAGGCUCAAGGCGAGAUGGCACUAGAGGAGUUCGUGCGCUCUGUCCGGGAGCAUUGGCAGAACUACUCGCUCGACUUGAUCAACUACCAGCAGAAGUGUCGACUUAUUCGUGGCUGGGAUGAUCUGUUCGCGAAGUGCAGCGACCAUCUCAACUCUUUACAGGCUAUGCGACAUUCGCCCUACUACAAGGAGUUUGAGGAGGAGGCAUCAGCGUGGGAAGACAGGCUCAAUCGCAUACAUGUCCUGUUCGAUGUCUGGAUCGAUGUCCAGCGCCAGUGGGUCUACCUCGAAGGCGUGUUCACAGGCAACGCCGAUAUCAAGCACUUGCUGCCUGUCGAGUCAUCGCGCUUCGCAAACAUCAACAGCGAAUUUAUGAAUGUGCUUAAGAAGGUCUACCGGUCGCCACAGGUCCUAGAGGUGCUUAAUAUACCCGAUGUGCAGCGAUCACUCGAACGCCUCGCAGACCUACUCAACAAGAUCCAGAAAGCUCUUGGCGAGUAUUUGGAGAAAGAGCGUGUGGCCUUCCCACGCUUCUACUUCGUUGGUGAUGAAGACCUGCUGGAGAUCAUUGGCAACAGCAACGAUACUGUCCGCAUUGCAAAGCAUUUGCGCAAGAUGUUUGCCGGCAUAUCUGGUCUGGAUAUGGACGGGGAGCAGAACAUUCUCGGUCUGACGUCGAAAGAAGGCGAGCACGUGGGUCUGAGAAAGCCGAUCUCCUUGGUUGCUACACCCAAGGUCAAUGAGUGGCUCAAAGCUCUUGAGAACGGGAUGCGUGAUUCGCUGUCAGAGUCGCUCGUGGGGGCUGUGAGCGCGUUCGAGGCUAUCGAGGAGGGCGACACUGACGCUUUCGAGGCUUACAUCUCAGAGUAUCCUGCGCAGAUUGUGGUGCUGGCAGCCCAGGCAUGCUGGACUUCUCAGGUCAAUGUGGCCUUGAGCAAGGGCAGCAAUGCACUUCGGGGCGUCUACAAUGCUUUGGUUAACCGGCUUGACUUCAUGGCUGCCACCGUACUGCGCGAGCUCGAGCCACUAUAUCGGAAGAAGUCCGAACAUCUCAUUACCGAGUUCGUGCACCAGCGCGAUGUGAUUGAGCGCCUGAUGCAAGGCGGCGCAGACUCUCCAGGCCACUAUCUCUGGCUACUCCACAUGCGUUACGAUUUUGACGCAAGCGCUGCACCUCUCGACCGAAUGCAGGUCCGCACUGCGAAUGCUACGCUUGCUUAUGGCUUUGAAUACUUGGGCGUGCCGGAACGUCUGGUGCGCACUCCGCUCACAGACCGCUGCUUCCUCACGCUUACUCAAGCACUUUGCCAACGCCUUGGAGGCUCACCUUACGGUCCUGCUGGUACGGGCAAAACCGAGUCUGUGAAGGCGCUCGGCGUGCAACUCGGUCGCUUCACGCUUGUCUUCAAUUGUGACGACACCUUUGACUUCCAGGCCAUGGGGCGCAUCUUCCUUGGUAUCUCACAAGUCGGUGCUUGGGGUUGCUUCGACGAGUUCAACAGACUGGAAGAGAGGAUCUUGUCCGCUGUAUCCCAGCAGAUCCAGAACAUCCAGCUUGGUCUCCGUAAGCGCGCAGCAGACCCCGAUGCUGAGAUCGAGCUCGUAGGGAGACAGCUCAAGGUCCACCGGCUGACUGGCAUGUUCAUCACCAUGAACCCCGGAUAUGCUGGACGCUCGAACUUGCCAGAUAAUUUGAAAAAGCUCUUCCGCAGUGUCGCCAUGUCCAAGCCAGAUAAAGAGAUCAUCGCCGAGGUCAUGCUGUUCUCACAAGGCUUCGCUGAUGCCAAGACACUGUCACGCCAGACUGUACCAUUUUUCGACAGAUGUGGUGACAAGCUAUCGAAGCAGCCACAUUACGACUUUGGUCUGCGUGCGCUUAAAAGUGUACUUGUCAGCUCUGGUGGGCUGAAGAGGAUGCGUCUCGCUGUAGGAAACGAGAAAGCUGCCGACUUCGAGCCUCAAAUUAUCGUUCAGAGCAUUCGGGAAACCAUUGCGCCCAAACUUGUGCGAGCAGACGCCACGACUAUGGAGCGGAUCGAGGCCGAGAGCUUCCCUGGAGUCAAAUAUAUCCCAGCAACACUCCAGAGUCUGCGGAAAGCCUUGCGCGAGGUCAUCGAGGAGCGAAAACUCGUCGGCACCGAUGCUUGGCUUACGAAAGUACUGCAGCUAUACCAGAUCCAGAACCUACAUCAUGGUGUUAUGAUGGUCGGUAAUUCGGGUACUGGCAAAUCGACCGCUUGGCAAGUGCUGUUGGCUGCUUUGCAGAAAGUUGAUGGUGUGGAAGGUGUCUGCCAUGUCAUCGACCCGAAGGUCAUGAGCAAGGAGAGCUUAUAUGGCAGCCUCGACAGCACGACAAGAGAGUGGACGGAUGGUCUGUUUACCAGCAUUCUGCGAAAGGUGGUUGACAAUUUGCGUGGUGAGGAAGGCAAGCGUCAUUGGAUUGUGUUCGAUGGUGAUGUUGAUCCUGAGUGGGUGGAGAACCUGAACAGUGUUCUCGACGAUAACAAGCUGCUGACUCUGCCAAACGGUGAGCGCAUCGGCCUACCGCCUAACGUUCGAAUCAUGUUCGAAGUGGAGACUCUAAAAUAUGCUACCUUGGCCACCGUGAGUCGAUGCGGUAUGGUGUGGUUCAGCGACGACACUGUCGAGCUCGAUGUGAUGCUCACACGAUACCUGGCACAGCUGCAGGCGGCUUCCUUCGAUGAUCUGGAAGAAGAUGCUGCUCUUCCAACAGCAGCAGAAUUGAGAGCAGCGACUAUGGCUCACAUGACAAGCAUACUACAGCAGCGCUUGACCACGAACGAUUACAUCAGGAAGGCGCUGUCUCGCUGUGAGCCAUGUCACCACAUCAUGGAGUUCACGAAUAUCCGCGCCAUAGGCACUCUCUUUUCGUUAUUGCGCAAGGCUUGCCACUCUGUGCUUGAGUACAAUCUCCAGCACUCUGACUUCCCGCUAAGUGACGAGCAAGUGGAUGUCUAUCUCUCGAAGAAGCUCCUAGUCGCCACUGUAUGGGCACUCACUGGCGAUUGCCCGCUUGCAGAGCGCAAGACUUUCGGCGACUUUCUGGCUGGCCUCGCCACCUUGGACAUGCCUCUGCUCUCGGAUCAGUCUUCAUUGAUUGACUACGAUGUUUCUCUGCCUAAUGCUGACUGGGCGCCAUGGCAGAACCAGGUCCCAGCAAUUGAAGUAAAUACGCACUCUGUCACGCAGACAGACAUGGUCAUCCCAACGAUCGAUACCGUACGGCACGAAGAAGUACUAUAUUCUUUCUUGGCAGAGCACAAGCCACUUCUGCUGUGUGGACCACCUGGCUCCGGCAAGACGAUGACACUGUUCAGCGCACUCAGAAAGCUUCCAAAUAUGGAAGUCGUAGGACUCAAUUUCUCCAGUGCCACAACCCCGGACUUACUUGUCAAGACUCUCGAGCAGUACUGUGACUACAGAAAGACGCUCAGUGGUGUGACAAUGGCCCCCAAGCAGAUCGGUCGAUGGCUGGUGCUCUUCUGCGAUGAGAUCAACUUACCAGCACCGGACAAGUAUGGUACGCAACGGGUGAUCUCGUUCAUGCGCCAGCUCGUCGAACAUGGCGGCUUCUGGCGGACGACUUCCAAGACCUGGGUCAGCCUCGAGCGUAUUCAGUUCGUGGGUGCUUGUAAUCCUCCCACCGACGCUGGCCGCACGCCACUCGGCCUUCGCUUCCUGCGCCAUGCGCCGCUGGUCAUGGUCGACUACCCUGGCGAACUGUCUCUGACACAAAUCUAUGGCACAUUCAACCUUGCUGUGCUCAAGCUUAUUCCAACGCUUCGCGGGUACGCAGAUGCUCUCACUCAGGCGAUGAUUCGAGUGUACGUGCAGUCUCAGCAACGCUUUACCGCUGACAUACAACCGCACUAUGUAUAUUCUCCGCGUGAGUUGACACGUUGGGUACGAGCCAUCUAUGAGGCAAUUCGUCCACUCGAGACACUUUCACUGGAAGGCUUGGUCCGGAUUUGGGCGCACGAAGCACUGCGAUUAUUUGCCGACCGUCUCAUAACUGACGAAGAACGUGAAUGGACAGACGACACUGUCAACCGAGUGGCUACUGAGCAUUUCCCAAACAUCGACGAGACAGCGGCCUUGAAGCGACCAAUUCUCUACUCUAAUUGGCUCUCGAAGAACUACGUGUCUGUCGCACGAGAUCAGCUCCGUGACUUCGUCAAAGCUCGACUGCGAACCUUCUGCGAAGAAGAAUUGGAUGUGCCUUUGGUCCUGUUCAACGAUGUACUUGAGCAUGUGUUGCGCAUCGAUCGCGUGUUCCGACAGCCUCAAGGACAUUUGAUUCUGAUCGGCGUGAGUGGCAGUGGCAAGACUACUCUUUCACGCUUCGUUGCCUGGAUGAAUGGCCUGUCUGUUUUCCAGAUCAAGGUCCACGGAAGAUACUCGUCCGAAGACUUUGACGACGAUCUUCGCAACGUUCUACGCCGAUGUGGCUGCAAAGGUGAGAAGAUUUGCUUUAUCAUGGACGAAUCGAAUGUGCUGGAUUCUGGCUUCCUAGAACGCAUGAACACGCUGCUGGCCAACGGCGAGGUCCCUGGCUUGUUCGAAGGCGACGAAUACGCCACCCUCAUGACAGCCUGUAAAGAAGGCGCGCAGAGACAAGGCUUACUGCUGGACUCGCAAGAGGAGCUGUAUAAGUGGUUCACCCAGCAGAUUGUGCGCAAUCUGCAUGUCGUGUUCACCAUGAACCCACCCACCGAAGGCUUAUCCUCCAAGGCCGCCACGAGCCCCGCCCUGUUCAAUCGUUGCGUACUCAACUGGUUCGGAGACUGGUCUGAUCAAGCUCUUUACCAGGUCGCCUACGAAUUGACUCAGUCGGUCGAUAUCGAGAAGGCUACCUACAACGCACCUGACAGCCUUCCGAUCGAAUACGACGAGCUUGAGAUGCCCUUGUCACACCGCGAUGCCAUUGUCAACAGCAUGGUCCAUGUCCAUCACUCGUUGCGUGGCUUCAACAAUCGCAUGCUAAAGCAGCAAGGCAAGACAACCUACCUGACACCGAGGCAAUUCCUGGACUUCGUGUCCCAAUUUGUCAAGCUGUACAACGAGAAGCGCGAUGAUCUCGAGGAGCAGCAGCGUCAUCUGAACGUCGGUUUGGACAAGCUACGAGAGACUGUCGAUAAAGUCUCGGAGCUGAAGAGAAGUCUAGCAGGAAAGAAGUCAGAGCUGGAAACAAAAGAUAUCGAGGCUGGAGAGAAGCUGCAACGCAUGAUCGCCGACCAACGUGAGGCGGAGCAGCGCCGUGCUGCGUCUUUAGAGAUCCAGGCCGCGCUUGAGAAGCAAGAGAGAGAAGUUGCAGAACGCAAAGAGGUCGUACUCAGCGAUUUGGCAAAGGCUGAGCCAGCGGUUCUAGAGGCACAACGCAGCGUCAGCAACAUCAAGAAGCAGCAGUUGACAGAAGUCCGGUCCAUGCAGAACCCACCUGCUGGUGUGAAGCUCGCUUUAGAGUCUGUAUGCACGCUGCUAGGCCAUCGCGCGACUGAUUGGAAGAGCAUUGUAGGUAUCGUCAGACGAGAGGACUUCAUUGCCAGUAUUGUGAACUACGACAACGAGCGGCAGAUGACCCCUCAGCAUCGUGUCAGGAUGAGGAACGAUUACUUGUCCAAGGAGGAGUUCACGUUCGAGCGUGCCAACAGAGCCAGCAAGGCAUGUGGUCCGCUUGUCCAGUGGGUGGAGGCACAGGUCAACUACUCAGAAAUCUUGGAUCGCAUCGGACCUCUUCGAGAGGAAGUCGGCCAGCUGGAGGAGGAAGCUCUGCAGACCAAAGCAGAGGCGAAGGUGAUCGAGAACACACUGUCGGAUCUCGAGAAAAGCAUUGCCACUUAUAAGACCGAGUACGCAGCCCUUAUCAGCCAGACCGAGGCUAUCAAGGCAGAGAUGACAAGGGUGCAAUCGAAGGUGGACAGAAGCAUGCGACUACUUAAUAGCCUGUCCUCGGAACGUGGGAGAUGGGAAGGCAGCAGCAAGACCUUCGCUACGCAAAUGGAGACACUGAUUGGUGAUACCUUCCUGGCUGCUGCGUUUCUGGCGUACAGCGGCUUGUACGAUCAGCAAUAUCGACGUGCAAUGCUCGAGGACUGGUCCCUGCAUCUCUCCAACUCUGGCGUUUCCUACAAGGUACAAAACGCGCUUUCCGAAUACCUGUCCACAGCGGAUGAUCGUCAGCAAUGGCACGCUAAUGCUCUGCCGGUGGAUGAGCUUUGUACGGAGAACGCCAUCAUGCUGAGGAGGUAUAACAGGUAUCCCUUGAUCAUCGAUCCAUCCGGACGUGUCACGCAAUUUCUGCAGAACGAGAGCAAGGAACGCCGUCUGACUGUGACCUCUUUCCUCGACAGCUCCUUCGUCAAGCAACUCGAAAGUGCCUUGAGAUUCGGCAAUCCCAUUUUGAUCCAGGACGCGGAGCAUAUGGACCCGAUACUGAACCAUGUCCUCAACAAAGAAUACCAACGGACGGGUGGUCGCGUGCUCAUUCAGCUUGGCAAGCAAGAGAUUGAUUUCUCGCCUGCUUUCAGGCUCUACUUAUCAACGAGGGAUCCGUCCGCGCACUUCGCGCCAGACAUCUGCAGCAGGACCACGUUCGUCAACUUCACAGUCACGCAGAGCAGUCUCAAGACUCAGACUCUCAAUGAUGUACUGAAGUCCGAGCGACCAGACGUCGAUGAGCGGCGCUCCAAUUUGGUGAAGAUGCAAGGAGAGUUCACCCAGCGCCUGCGCCGCUUGGAGCGUAUGCUUCUUCAGGCUCUAAAUGAGUCUCGCGGCAACAUUCUCGAUGACGAGAAUGUCAUUCAAACGCUUGAGACACUGAAGAAUGAAGCUGCAGAGAUCACGUCUAAGGCCGCUGAAACUGAAGGCGUCAUGGACGAGGUGAACAGCACUAUGCGCACAUACGAUAUCAUCGCCCAGUCAUGCUCAGCCAUCUUCGCGGUCUUAGAGCAGCUAUACCACGUCCAUCACUUCUACCAAGUCUCGUUGCAGUACUUCAUCAACAUCUUUGAGACCGUGUUGGAGAUUGCUCGCGCAUCUCCUGAGCGUGAGCCGAAGGCACGAGUGGAUGCUAUGGUCCGCGAUCUGUUCAGAAAAGCUUACCACGAGACUUCGGCGUCUCUACUGCAGAAGGAUCGAUUGACGUUGGCUGUAUUGCUUGCUCAGGCUUCGCCGUUUCCCAUCGACAAGGGCUUGCUCGAUAUCCUGCUGGACAGUGCUUUGACGAGUGUGGACGCGAGCGCCGGUCCGUCUUUACAAGCGAGUGCACUCAAGAACGCUUCCAGAUACACUGCGGUCAAAAACAUCGUGACUGAAAUUGGCGAAGCUGAUAUGAGAGCGUUCCUCGCUGUCGAACAGGCUGAGCUGCAUGUCCCAGGCGCGAGUCAGGAAGGGUUGGCAGUAAACGACAAGGCACUGCGCGACCUGCUUCUCGUCAAGAUCAUGCGCGUCGAUCGCCUCAUCCCAGCGACCGAGCGCUUCGUCAACACUGUCUUCGGCCAGGACUUCCUUGACGUUGCAGAGGACUUAGGCAGGAUCGCCAGCAGCACUGAUGCUAGCUCUCCCAUCGCUCUCUGCUCCACACCAGGCUUCGAUGCCAGCUACAAAGUUGAUCAACUUGUCGAACGUACCAAAGCAAGCUGCAUAAGCGUCGCCAUGGGUUCCAACGAAAGUGUUGCCAGUGCUGACGUUGCCUUGGCAUCUGCUGCUGCUAACGGAUCCUGGGUUUUGGUCAAGAACGUGCACUUGGCUGCAGACUGGCUACAGAAUCUCGUCAAGCGCAUCGACUCGCUCAAGCCAAACAAGGACUUCCGUCUAUUCUUGUCGAUGGAGACAAGUCCCAAGAUACCUUCCAGCUUACUCCGAGCUUCACGAGUGUUGAUGUACGAGCAGCCUGCUGGAGUGCGAGCCAAUAUGCGAGAUUCGUUGUCUUCGCUUCCAGACCAGGCACUACAGCAGCCGGUUGAGAAGGCUCGCGUGCAUUUCUUGCUGUCAUAUCUGCAUGCUGUGAUACAAGAACGUCUACGCUACGCGCCCCGCCUCGGAUGGAAGAGCUUCUGGGAGUUCAACGAUGCGGACUAUGAUUGCUCGGCUUUCAUUAUUCAGUGGUGGACUGACAGCGUUGCACGAGGUCGAUCCAAUAUCGCGCCCAAGAGUCUUCCGUGGGAGAUGCUUCGUGUGCUCAUCUCGGUUAUGUAUGGUGGGAAGGUGGACGAUGCGGAGGAUAUGCGUGAAUUGGAGUCGCUGGUGAAUAAAACCUUGACGCCAGAAGCGUUCGAGGAAGGCUUCAACCUCAUCGGCGAGGUCGCUGGCGAUGCUUCGAUCUGUGUGCCCUUGCCUGGUGGUACCACCAAGAUGGACUUUGUGCAGUGGGUUAAGGAGUUGCCGGAGCGCGAGCCACCUACUUACUUGGGUCUGCCGGCGAAUGCUGAGAAGUUGCUGCUCAUUGCGCAUGCAGAGGAGAUGUUGAAGAACCUGAAGACCGUUAUGGAUGUGCUGGAUGAAGGGGAGCAUGUCAUGGCUGAGGUUACGGAGGAGGAGUAG